AUGUUGAUUUCUCUUCCUGUCUAUCUCUUUCUGCCAGUGUGUGGCUGUGAUUUGGCACAUUCCGGAUUCUUCCAGAAGAGUGGUGAGUACAUCUGCACAGCAGACUACCAGCGCCUGUACGGCACAAAGUGUGACAGCUGUGGGGACUUUAUCUCAGGGGAGGUGGUCUCUGCUCUGGGCCGCACAUAUCAUCCACAGUGUUUCGUCUGCAGCGUGUGCAGGAAACCUUUUCCAAUUGGGGACAGAGUGACGUUCAGUGGUAAAGAAUGUGUCUGUCAGCACUGUUCCCUCAAGCUGGUUAAUUCCAAUGAGCCAAUCAAAAUCCAUGGGCCCAGCCACUGUGCAGGUUGUAAGGAGGAGAUCAAACAGGGUCAAUCUCUGCUGGCAUUAGAGAAACAGUGGCACGUCAGCUGCUUCAGGUGUCAGACCUGCGGCCUGGUCCUGACGGGAGAGUACAUCAGCAAAGACGGCAUUCCUUACUGUGAGUCAGACUACCACACCCAGUUUGGGAUAAAGUGUGAAACAUGUGACAGAUACAUCAGUGGACGUGUGCUGGAGGCUGGAGGGAAGCACUACCACCCCACUUGUGCUCGCUGUGCCAGGUGUCAGAUGACGUUUAUAGAAGGAGAGGAGAUGUAUCUCACAGGUUCAGAGGUGUGGCAUCCUGUGUGUAAACAAGCAUCUCGAGCAGAGAGGAAACUGAGACUCAGACGCACAUCAGAAACCUCCAUCUCUCCGCCAGGCUCUAGCAUUAGUUCACCCAGCAGAGUCAUCUGUGCAAAAAUGGAGAACGAGAUCCUUGAUUACAAAGACUUGGCGGCGCUACCUAAGGUUAAAGCCAUUUAUGAAGUGCAGAGGCCAGACUUCUGGUCCAAUGAGCCCAGUCACAGAUACUGCUCCGAUGACAGACUAGAGCGUCUCAGCUUUGGGGAGUCUUUGGGCACACUCUCCCCUUAUUCUCAGGACAUGUAUGACAGUAUGGACAUGAGGAUGAGAAGAUCCUCCAGUCCGGGGUACAUAGACUCCCCCACCUACAGCAGACAGGGCAUGUCUCCCAUCAUGCCCCGCUCUCCACAGCACUACUACAGAUACGGCACUGAGAGUGGCAGAAGUUCACCCUAUUACAAUCAGCUAGAUGCCCGGUCCAGCACGCCCACCACAAACCAAGCUCCCAAGCAUUUCCAUGUGCCAGCCACAGGGGAGCCCAACAUCUACAGGAAGCCUCCCAUCUAUAAGAGACAUGCAACCAAGAGCAAGACCAGUGAGGACAUUGUCCAAUCGUCCAAACUCCCAUCAGCCUACUCGCCUGAACACUACCAGCACUCAGAGUCUGAUUACUACCAUUACACCAGCUCUCCUAAAUCUUUACGCGCUAUUCGGAGAAGAUACUCAUCAGGUGGAGAAGAAGAUGGCUGGAGUCAUGGCCUUCAAAGAAUUCAGGGUGGUAUCGGUAGGAUGAUCCUGAAGGAGGAGAUGAAAGCCCGCUCCGGUUCCUAUGACAACGACCCCUGGGGAAGCGCACGGAACUCCCGCAGUGGGAGCAGGGAGAUGUUGCACAGCAUGGGCCACAACAACACAAUUAACGGCUCUCCUCGGACUAACUUUGCAGCCGAGAAUGACUACAUAUCCAAGUCAGCCUCUUUGCCCGGAUAUGGCAGGAAUGGAUUGCACAGGCCACAAAGUGCAGACUACUAUCAGUAUGACAGUGGCAGUGAAGUCACCUGGGGAAUCAGAGAGUACAAGAUCUACCCAUAUGAAGCACUUAUUGUGACCACUAGGGGGCGUAAUAGGUUGCCAAAGGAUGUAGACCGGGCCAGAUUGGAGCGGCAUCUUUCCCCUGAGGAGUUCUAUCAGGUGUUUGGGAUGACAAUGGUUGAGUUUGACCGUCUGGCACUGUGGAAGAAGAACGAGAUGAAGAAACAAGCCCGGCUGUUCUAACAUUUCUGUCCCACACACACAGAGAGACCUGAA